CGCGACCUGCUUAUAACUCCUCCCGGUGCAUUGUGGGACUUUAUGUAAACCCAACAUGGCAGCCCUGUGUGCCAGAACUCUGGGUAAGGUCGGCUGGUCCCUUCUGGAGUCUCCGGGGUUCCGCAGGCCCGGCACCGUCUCCUCUCUGGUGGGGAACCUGAGCUCACAUGGGUCCCGGAGGUCGUUCGGUUCCGGCGGCCCGGGGGUCCGGUCCAAGCUGCUCUCCCUGCGGGGAGCAGGAGGCAGAGCGCUGGGCUGCGCCUUCCUGCUCGGUGGAGGUCUGGGUCUGUAUCAGUCUGUGAAGAUGUCUGUCCAGCAGCACCUGGCCCAGGAGGACACCAAGGCUCCGGGGGGACGUCUGGACUUGACCCUGUACCAGUACAAGACGUGUCCGUUCUGCAGCAAGGUGCGGGCGUUCCUGGACUUCUACGGGCUGCCGUACCAGAUCGUGGAGGUGAACCCGGUGAUGAGGAAGGAGCUCAAGUGGUCCACCUACCGGAAGGUGCCCAUCCUGAUGGUGCAGGGGGACGUGCAAGUGAACGACUCCACCGUCAUCAUCAGCGCCAUCAGGACGUAUUUAAUCAACCAGGAGAAAAGUAUGACCGACAUCCUCGCCUGUUACCCGGAGAUGAAGUCGGUGAACGACAGCGGGAAGGAGGUGACGGAGUUCCUCAACAAGUACUGGCUGAUGCUGAGCGAAGCCGAUUCCACCGACAUUUACCCCGAGAAGGGGAUGCAGAAAGAGGAGAUGAAGUGGCGCCAGUGGGCUGAUGAUUGGCUCGUGCACCUCAUAUCUCCGAAUGUGUACCGAACCAGCGGGGAGGCCCUGUCCGCCUUCGACUACAUCGUGCGCGAGGGCAAGUUUGGGAGUUUUGAAGGUUUCUUCGCCAAAUACGUCGGAGCUGCGGCCAUGUUCCUGAUCUCCAAAAGGCUGAAGAGUCGAUACAACCUGCAGGACGACGUCAGGCAGGAUCUGUACAAGGCCGUCAACGACUGGGUGGCGGCCAUCGGCAAGAAGAAGAGGUUCAUGGGGGGAGAUCAGCCUAACUUGGCCGACCUGGCGGUGUUUGGCGUCCUCCGGGUGAUGGAGGGCCUGCAGGCGUUUGACGACAUGAUGGAGAACACCAAAGUCAAACCCUGGUACAAACGCAUGGAGAGAGCGACGAUCGACCACGAAGGUCGAAACUGAGACACUGAGGCGGCUUCCAGCCUCUUUCAAAAGAUGAAAACGAACAUUAAUCCUCCGGGAAGAGGAAGUGACCCGCGUCCGGGAAGCAGUACUUCCUGCUUCCACGGUGUGAGGGCGGUCGCUGCCGCCAUUUCCUGCUCGACUCACGCAAAUUUAAACCUGAUGAUUUGUUAGAACGAGUAGAUAAAGAUAUCACACCUGAGAAAAUUGUGUCAUCACAUAUUUAAUUUAACCUUAAGUGACCGAGCUGCUGUUUGGCAGAACCAUCGUUGAUUUAAGGACAUCUGUUGCUUUUACUGAGCUCUAGUGGUGAACGGUUGGAACUGCAACAACAUUAAGAAAACUCACUGAUCCUUUGCUGCAAUUUUAAUUCACUUGACCGACACAAUGAAGUCACAUUAAAAGUAAAUAAACAUUUCUGAUGAAGCAACUCUUUGAAUUUCCUGCAAAAUGUUUAAGGAGAAGAGAAAAUCUGACGUCUGUGCACAUCUGGGAAAUUCGUUUUUCAUGUUUCCAGGCCUUCACUGGCUUCUGAUCUAUUUGGUCCUGAUGGCCCUUGUUUUCAAACCAGUAAAAGUUUGAGAUUCAUGUCAUUUAUGGAACAGAACAGAAUCUCUCUGCCACACAAACCCAUUUUCACUAUUUCUUUAGUCUGUAACAGAUACAGGAUCAGUCUGGUGGUGAGCUGCCAGUUUGAAUGUCUUCUAGUCUGAUUUUAAUAUUAAGACAAACUCGUGUGCAUAGCUGUAAAAAGGUACAAUAAUAAAAAAGAAAGCUG